AUGGAAAAGCUCCAUGGAAGUAGAAAUUCAGUGUCACAUGGGUUUGCUAGAGGCUGGAGUAGCAAUAGAGUCACCUUGUUUGGGGAGAUUUGGCAGAUUGACAAGGAUCUGGUUGCAGAGGUAAUGAGGCUUCAAAAGGAGGGUACUAAAUUCUACAGAGAUCGGAAGUAUGCAGCUGAAGCGUUCAAAAACUUCCCGAAAUUAGAGGAGGAGAAGGGAAAGCUGGAUAAGGCUAGGGCUACCAAUGAUGACCCCCUGAUCACCAAUGCUCACAUUUCUGAGAGGUGCAAGGAUUCUGAUUCGGAUGAGGACCAGCCUAAUGCCCCUACCCACAAAAAAAGGAGAGCGGAUAGUGAAAAUGUGGAAAUGGAGAUGCACUAUGAUGAGGAGGAAAAGGGGAAGGAUACUGAAACUAAAAUGGAGAUUGAGAAGGAUGAGAAUGUGGGUGAAGAGGAAGAAGGGGAAUCCAUCAACUUCCAGAAAUGGGUUGUGGACAACAUCACUAGCAUGCAAAGUAAACAGAGUGAUCUGAAUAACAAGAUAAAUAAGUUGAUUAAGGAAAAUAAUAUUGGGAAAAAUGAUGAGGAGAUGGAAACCAGUGAAGUUGAGGAGGAAAUUGAGAUGGAAGAGUGGCUGGAGAAAGACCUAAUCAAAGGGGAUUUGAAAUACCUUGAAGAUGUGGUCAGAAUGAUGAAAGAACAAGCAGAGGAGGAUAAAGACAAAACCAAUACCCAGGUGGCCCGUAUUAAGAAGCAUCUGAAAAGUUUCAUGAACCACAACCUUCGGGUCCUAAAAUUUUCCUCACAGAAUAUGAACACUCUGGUGGGUCAUCUGGAAAAGAAAAAUCAGGAUAAGAAUAUGGUGAUCAUUGAAGAUGUUCCAACUUCCAACACCACCCAUCAAAUUUCCAGAAAGGGUAAAGAUGGUGAUAAAGAUGAGAGUGUAGAGGAAGGAUCAAAGGAGAAAGGAGAGAAGAAGGAAGAUUGGGCUCUGGUGGUAGUGGUUAGAGACAAUGUUGUUGAUCAAGGGAAACAAGUUGCUACUAAUUCUGAUGACUUUGGUCAAGGGUCUACUGAUCUGAGCUCUUUAUCUUUGAUUCAAGCACUGAAGUUGGUAGCUCUCACUCAGUCCAAAGCUAGUGAGGACUUACUUAAGUCCCAUUCUAUUGAUAAAGAGUUGAUAUCAUUAGCAGGAGACAUGUUGGAGAAAAUUAUGCCAUAUUUCCAACCAGACACAUCUAAUCCCUCUAGUAAGAUUAAAGAUUUGUUGAAUGUUGUAGGUUCUCAUUUUGAGUCUUUGGAGAAGGUAGUAGAUAUUAAGGCUUUGAAUCAAUUCAAUGCUAUGAGAUUAAAAUAA